GCUCUCUUCGAGAGAUGGAACAGCGAUGGAUCAUCGCGGAGCGUGCAGAAUAAGAGGGGAAGGGGGGACAGAAGGUCCGGCGAGACCAUCUGGAAGGGGUGAAGUGCCAUCGAAACGGAGAAGGGUGGUUCCAGCUCCGACGAAGUUACUCCGCGAAUUUACGAAUUCAGGAGACGAAGCGACGAGCAGAGCUUGGAAGUCUGGGCGAGCAAGCGAGCGAGCGAGUAUGAGAUAUGGUGUUUUCUUCCUCGGGACGCUCUUUGUAUCACGUCUACGCACGCACAUUAGUCGAGUCUUGAUCGUCAAGCGACCCUGGGACACGAGCGUAACACGCGAUCUUCUUGUUAAGAGCGUUAUACGCCGUCAAAACCGACAUAAUGUCAGCGUCGCCGGCAUAUGAGAUGGGUGUGCUGAAAAUAUCGGAGGACAAAAAAAAGGCCGCGGACUGUGAUUUAUCGUCGAGUGCCGUUAAUCGACGGCACGGGACCAUAGAGCUCGAAAUUUUGAUGAGCGAGCAUUUUAUUCAACUCGAAGAACUCGCAAUCUCGACCGAACAAAGCAGUAUCGCAUGGAUAAGUAUUUUUUGUAAAUAUAAUUUAAACAUGUAGGGGAGAGGUGCUA